GCGCAGCAGCAUGGGGAUCGCAGAAGAAGAACGGCCAGGAAGCGGCACGUUCGAAGAGGAAACAUGUUCGGAAUCAAACCCGUCAAAGUUCGGAGUCUGCGUGGAAACAGCAAGUACGGAGUAGCAGGCAGAGACGUGGAAGAGCUGCUCCAGAAGAGCUGCCGCUUGUUCCAGCUGCCGGUGUCUGGGGCCCGGUUCUGUCUGUACGAAGACGGAACCACUGUGACCCAGGAGUUCUUCCAGACUCUGCCGGAGAACACCGAGCUGGUCCUCCUGUCGGGAAAGCAGACAUGGGGUGGAGUUUUUAGCGACGUCAGUCAGCUUCUGCAGACAGACCGACAUGCUGAGGGCCUCAUCCAGGCUGCGAAAUGGCUUCUCUGCGAGGAGGAGUCCUUCAAGAGACGGAAGAUCCUCGCCGACCUGCUGCAGAACCUGGAGGACCGGUCCGAGCUGGAGAGCAGGCAGGAGGACCAGGACUGGUUCAGCGGAGUUGAUUCUCGAUUUAAAACCAAGUCGGCCUACAUGAAGUACAACUGUGCCAGCAGGAUACGAGGCUACCUGAAGGAGGUGGAUCUGGCCUCCAAAAGCAUAAACAAAGCCAAAGUCAGAGAGGAAUAUUCCAGAGCCUUCAAGCUCCUGGUAGAAAUGCUGAAAGGUGACGGUUAUAACGGCAGCUACUUCGACAGGAGCGCAGAGGAACGGCGCCGUCUCUGCACGCAGCAGGGAUGGUUCACCUGCCAGGGACCGUUUGACCAGAGGACGUGCCAGCAGCUCCACUCCAUCAACCCCUACAGCAGCAGGGAGAGCAGGAUCAUCUUCAGCACCUGGAACCUGGACCACAGGAUUGAGAAGAAGAGGACCGUCAUUCCCACGCUGCUGGAGCUCCUAGAGACUCACCAGAGCUCAGCGGUCAACCUGGACUAUUUCUACGGCCUGCUGUUCACCAGACAGAACCUGAAGUUGGUUCACAUCGUUUGUCACAAGAAAGGAGGUCACAACCUUUCAUGCGACGCCAGCAUGGCGGUGAGGGCCUCCAGCCACGCAGGGGGAGUGAAGAAGAAGGUCCAGGUGAAGAAGAGGCGAGUUCUUUAGACGGAGAACCGUUCUCUUCCCUCAAUCAGUGCAGCGUUUCCCACAAAGCUUCACAAUCAGGAAGGUUUUAUUUCCCCAACAUUUUGGCACAAAUACAAUCAUAGACUCUAAACUUAAAAGAUCAAAGCAUUCUGCAUAAAUAAGGCAGUAAAGUAUGUACAGGAUUUCACAGAAUGAUCCGUUUUUACAAACCAUGCCAUGUUGUGUUUAGUGCAAUCAUUGAACCUGCUAAAAAUCCAACGCAUCUACUGAUCAUCUGCAGAUGGAAAUGUAUAGAAAAGUACAAACGUUAUAUCAAGGUCACGCGUGAAGAAGCUCCUUCAGGAUUAGUAGCUGCGCUGGCGUCUCACACAUUCAUGAGGAAAAGCUGCCGAACUUUUGGUGAAUCAGACUUGUACAGCAGGUCUCUGCCCCGUUGGAUCACCUGACGUGUCGUCCAGGUUUGAUCUUCAGGCCGAUUUGGAAAAACUGCAUCGUGGAACCCGAGAACCUCUGCCGCUCUUCCAAAGCCAAACCGACGCGGCGUCUGGACCCAGCUUCUCUUCUUGAAGUAGCUUCAUUGUCUUGGAUGCGAAGAGAAGACACCAGGUCCUGACGCCGUGACCAUUGGCUGUUUGAGAGGACUAGAGUGGGUGACUCCACCCCCCUGGCGUUCCAAACAGGAAGUGGCUCCAAGAAGCCAAAAUCCCGUAGACUUCUCUAGAGAAACAAACCGCUGUUCCUCAGUCAUUCUGUUGGUCAAAAUAAACCUUCUGGAUCUGAGACCUUC